CCCAGGGUCUCUGUUUGUAUUGUGGCGAUGCAGGACACCUCAUUUCCGUCUGCCCCAUUCGUCCACCACGUCCAUGGUCUACGCCCUUCUCGACUCCGGGUCAGCUGGCAACUUCAUCUCCGGCUCCCUCUGCCGCCAGCUCAACCUCCCGAAGAGGCGCAAUCCGGUCCAAUACCAGGUUCAAUCAAUAAUCGAACCUGAACCUGUGGAAGAACCCCCCCUGCCAUUGGUACUUGAGGAUGGAACAGUCUACACUGUCAAGGAAAUUUUGGACUCCCGACGUCGUGGCGGUCGUCUAGAGUAUUUAGUGGACUGGGAAGGCUAUGGACCUGAGGAACGUUCAUGGACACCCAGGGAGGAUAUACUAGAUCCGACCCUCCUCACCACUUUCCACGAUACUCACCCAGACCGCCCAGCACCCCGAGGAAGAGGUCGACCACCACGACGUCGGGGUCCACGGCCCUCGGGAGCGGGCCGUGGAGGGGGGGGUACUGUCAGAGAUCAGCCAGGUUCCAUCACCACAUCAUCACAGAGAUCACCUUCACCUGAGUAUUAA